AUGUAUAGACUAGUCAUGCCAUAUCAUAUCAUGGCAGAAAAUGUUAAGAUAAAUCUGCUAUUUUUUGCUAAAAGUAGAGAGCUGGUUGGAAGUGGAUUAGGAGAGCUGAUACUUUCUGCUAACUCUAAUUUUGAUGCACUCAAACAAGCACUGUUGUUAAAAUAUCCCUCAUUAGAGGUAAUCGCAGACAAUAUAAUCCUAUCCCUGAAUGAAGAAUACAUUGAUGACAGCCAGCAGUUGACUCUGCGAGAGAGUGACGAGGUCGCCGUCAUUCCACCUAUAAGUGGGGGAUAG